AUGAGCUCGACAAAGUCCUCCCCCGCAUCUCUAUUCCAGGUGUACCUCCGCCUGCGGCCACCUAUGCCGCAGCAUUUGGAGGAACACGCCGAACGAUGCUUGACAAUCGAGACUCCAGAGCCAAAGGUCACUGUUGAAGAUGGCCAGGAAACGGCAGCUGCAUUUCCCACUCAUAUCACCCUGCAACCCCCAUCCGAUGCUAGAAAGCGUGCCGUUGAAAGGUUCGGUUUCACCAAGGUGUUCGAAGAGUCAGCGUCCCAACUAGAUGUCUUCCAUGGCACCGAGCUGGACUCCCUGGUUAGGGGGGUAUUGGUUGAAGGCAGGGAUGGCCUUAUUGCGACGUUGGGAGUAACAGGUAGCGGAAAGAGCCAUACAAUCCUAGGUUCGAAGUCGCAGCGAGGAAUUACCCAGAUGAGCCUUGACCUUAUCUUCAAUUCUCUGGCCUCUACUAUCAGGCCACCCGACAAUUCCAUCAGCCCUCUUCUCCUGUCAACUGUGGCCGCGUCAGACGGUUCCGAAGCCCAAAUGUUCACGGCGCAAACAUUCCUCGAGGCUGUGUAUGGCGACCCUGCCGAACGUGGAAGAAACUCGAGAGCCCAGACGCCAAUGAGCACUGGAAGAGCUACCCCUAUGACGGUAUGGCGCCCUCCCCCCAAGACACCGUUGCAAGGCACCGCGCGGUUUUCCCCUCUGGCCACUGCCCGUAUUGGUCCCUAUCCAAAAAUAUACAGCGAAUCUCUCUCGAGAACAUGCUACAUCAACCUUCUCAAGAUGCAUCCUAAAUUGAGAGAAAAGAUGAAGCACGACUCGUGCACCCACUUGAGUCUUAAUAAUUCCGCUCAUGCUAACAUGUUGUCUCAACUGGCAAAGGAACCGACACCUGCCCUUAUAUUCCCCCGUCGCAAUAUGCCCCAACGUCCCAACGGCCUGCUUCGCUCGCCCGAUGUCAGCCACCUCACCAUGGAGCUGAACCCUAAUUCCGAAUAUGUCGUCCUUGUGUCGAUGUACGAAGUUUACAACGAUCGCAUCUUUGAUCUACUGUCACCCGCUAUAGUACCGGGCCAAGGAAGUACGAUGUCCCGUCAGGGAGGAAAUUCACAGAAGGACAGACGCAGAGCCUUGUUUUUUAAGCCAACGGAAGGCUCCCCUGACCGCAAGGUUGUUGCGGGACUGCGCAAGAUAGCAUGCAGCACCUACGAGGAGGCUUUGUCGGUCCUCGAAGUCGGCCUUACUGAGCGCAAGGUCACUGGAACCGGAGCCAACAGCGUCAGUUCCCGUAGUCAUGGUUUCUUCUGUUUGGAAGUCAAGAGAAGAAUGCGAAACAAGAGAACUGGUGAAGAAACUUGGAUAGGCAACACGCUCACGGUGGCAGAUCUUGCUGGUUCUGAGCGCGCGCGGACUGCUAAAACGGCUGGUUCGACCCUGGCAGAGGCCGGCAAGAUUAACGAGAGCUUGAUGUACCUUGGCCAAUGUCUUCAAAUGCAGAGUGACAUACAGGACGGAAAUAAGGCUGCCAUGGUCCCAUUCAGACAAUGCAAGCUCACCGAGCUACUUUUCUCGAACUCUUUCCCGUCUUCCAACCAGACUACUGGCUUCAACCGCCACCCACAGAAGGCCAUUAUGAUUGUCACUGCCGAUCCCAUGGGAGAUUACAACGCGACUUCCCAAAUCCUGCGCUACUCGGCAUUAGCUCGUGAAGUUGCCGUGCCUAGGGCCCCCUCAAUUGCCGAAUCUAUCUUGUCCAGCACACUCGGAUCUCGUCACGGAUCUGCCAGUGGACGCAAUACUCCCAGCAUGGGCACAAACGAAGAGCUUGAGAAGGCCCUGGCGGAAAUCGCGAGGUUGACCACAGAGAAUGAAUCUCUCUCAGUGAGACUCGCCGAGGAAGAGAUUCUCCGGACUGAUUUCGAGCUAAGACUCAAGGCAAGCGAAGAAAGAUGCAUCUUGAUCGAACAAGAAGUGCGCGAAGAAUGUUGGAAUGAGAUGGACGAGCGCAUGGAAGAAGAGCGAAAGAGAUGGCAAAAUGCCUUGGAUCAACAAUCUGGUUUCAACGACGAGCACCUCGACAAGAAGAUCGAAAUCGUGUCACGAGGAUUCCAAAUUUAUGAAGACCCCAAACCCUCCUCAGACGAGCGGGUUGAAGACCUCGAGUUUGAGAACGACCAGCUUCGCAGCAAGAUAGCAGCCCUUGAACGCGAACUGAACUGCCGCUCUCCUACCAAGAAAUCCAGGUCAAAGAAUACUCUAGAAGCUUCUCGCAACUCUAAUAUCUUCGGACGCGAGAGUGAUAUUGAGGUUGCUCUCAAGCGAAUGGACCAGCUAAAGCUUGCGGAUAGCAUGUUCUCUCCUGCACCGCAGCCCGCUAGUUCACCUGGCAAGAGACAAAGAAAGAUGGCCACUCGGAAAUGGGACCUGGCCCCCGAGGAAGAUAUCUGA